GAAGACCAGUGUUCCUUGUGUGCGUGUGUGUGUGAGAGAGAGAGAGAGAUGGGAGGAGACGUAGAGAAGAUGAUCGCCGUAGGCAUCGUUUGGGGCGCCACAAACGCUUUGAUGCGUCGGGGAGCGCUCAUCUGGGACCAAACCCUAAAAUCUUCUCCACCUUCCAACUCCAACCACCGAUUACUAUCGUCUCUUCAGAAUUGGUUGAACCUUCUCUUGAUUUGGCAGUACUCUAUUCCUUUUCUUCUAAAUUUAUCGGCCUCCGCUACUUUCUUCGCCAUUCUCAGCGACACACCUAUAUCGCUUGCUGUUCCGGUGACCAAUGCCACGACGUUUGCUGCCACUGCCGUGUUUGGGUUGCUCUUGGGGGAAGAGACUCAUGUAGGGUUGGCUUUGUUUGUUGAAGAUGCAUAUUAAAGCUUCGUCAACAAAAGUAAGGAUAUUCAUCUUUUCGUAAACAUUGUAUGUUGAUGAUCAAACUUCUGCACUUACAUAGUAGGCUGUGACAGUUCCGGCGGAAUUCCCAGGUACGAGCUUG